CUCUGCAAUGCGCAGCUGACGACAGCGUGGGAGGCGUAAAUGUUAUAUAAACAUUGAAACUUCCCUCUGAUCAUGGUCUCAUCCAACUCACUCAAGUCUCCUUAUUUCCAGUUUCCCUCCAAAUCAACCAAAAUGUCCUUCACCAAGACUUGUUACGAUGUCCGCCUUGAAGUCUCAGACGGCUCAAUCACUCUCUACGGCUCCGCUAAGAGGCAGGAUGGUGAAUGUAAUGAUACCAGCAUCAACCUAGAUAAAUUCGUCAUUUUCAAUGAUAAUGGCUCGUUCAGCCUCCGGGAAUACGGUCGCGAGGUCGACGCAUCCAGUCAAUCUGCCUUUGACAUCUAUCUGAAUCGCGAAUUCAGUGGCACUUGGUUGAUUGCCGUGUCGUCCAGGUCCGAUCCAAACUUCGAUGAACUACAGAAAAUCAACUUAGAUCACCAUAUUAAGAACGAUAAUGGAUACCUUAAAUGGGUUUCUUGAAAGUUAAAGUUGGAGAAUUAGACAUUCGGCGUCUACAGUAAAGAAUAUAAAUAUGAUGCUAUUUUUAUAAGAACUGCAUGCUUCUUAAAACCAAGCUAGUCCGGGGCAAUCUAUAUGUGACGGUCCCGAGCAAUAUGAGUAUAUUGGUAGAUUAUCUGACAAAAUUCUAACAUGAGGAGAGAAAAGGAAAGAGGCAGGCCUGCCGGCGACGAGCUAUCUAA